ACAAGCAUCAGCAGAAAAAUCCUGACAUAAGGAAGAUAACACGCAAAUUCUAAGUUGACCAAUCGACAUCAAUAUGGAGUUAUCAGCUCUCAGUCCAAGCUCCGCCCAAUGGCUCUUUUCCACGAACCCUAAACCUACCACUGAUCCUCGGAUCCUAAUGAAAAGAUAUAGUGGAUGGAGAAUCCAAGCUUCCAUGGCGGAUUCGGGGGAGUCUUUUCAGAAGCACACAAAAAUAGUCACAUUCCUCGGUAAGGGAGGCUCUGGCAAGAGCACUGCCGCUGUUCUCGCGGCCAAGUUGUUUGCUAGGGAAGGACUGCAAACUUGUUUGGUAAUUCAUUCACAAGAUAUUACGAUUAAGCAGCUGAUGGGUUGCACAAUCGGAAAUUCUCCUACCAUGAUUUCUGAGAAUCUAUAUGCUGUUCAAUUGCAAACCAGUAAGAUGCUUCUUGAACCUCUUGAUCGGGUGAAGAAGGUAGAUGUUCGUAUGAAUUUAACUCAAGGAAUUCUUGAAGGGGUAGUAGGAGAAGAACUUGGUGUCCUUCCAGGGAUGGAUUCUAUUUUUUCAUCAUUAGCACUUCUUAAAUAUGGAAAUGUUCUUGGAAGUGGGAGGAAUUACUCAAAGAAAAAGUUUGAUAUUGUUAUAUACGAUGGUAGCAGUUCUGAGGAUACAUUGCGAUUGGUUGGUGCAACUGAAAGAGUAAGAUGUUAUCUAAAAUAUAUUCGGAACCUGGCUGAGAAGACAGACAUUGGAAGACUGACUGCACCCUCGUUCUUGAGGCUAUUCUAUGAAUCCGCUAUGCCUAAUUCAGGGUCUGUUGAAGGCAAAACAAGUGCUGAUAUAUGGAAUGGGAUUGAACAAAUCCUAGAGGAAGCUUCUGCAUAUUUUUGUGACUCUUCAAGGUUUAGAUGCUACCUUUUAAUGGACCCAAUCAGGCCGUUGUCAGUCAUAUCUGCUUUACGCUAUUGGGGUUGUGCAAUACAAGCUGGGACCAAAAUUUAUGGUGCAUUUGGCUUUGCUCAAAAGUUUUCCUCUGCCACGCAGGAAACCACGGAGAAAAUAUCUCCUUUGUGUUUUGCACUGCUUCCAUAUAUUUCCUCGUAUUCCUCUUUAGAUUGGGAUGUAACCCUCAAAUCUUUCAGGAAAGAUGCAAGCCACCUACUUCUUGGCAGUACUAUUUCUCUUCCUUCAUCAGUUUUAUUUGAUCGCAAACAAAAGUCUGUUACCCUUUUCCUUCCUGGCUUCGACAAGUCUGAUAUCAAUUUGUACCAGUAUAGAGGGGGCACGGAACUUCUGAUAGAAGCAGGGGAUCAAAGACGCAUCAUCCAAUUGCCUCUAGCUAUGCAAGGAAAGGUUGCAAGUGCUAAGUUCAUUGAAAGAAAUCUUGUGGUUACGCUGAGGUAGGUAAUAUUCCUUGUCAAUGUUUUGUAAAAUAUCCAAAUUGCAAUUCUGAGGAUUGCCACUCGCUAUGUUUGAUCAAUCCUAUUAAUUGAUAAGCUUCUUAUUAUCGGGUCUACGCUCAGGAGGGAAAUGCUAGAAUCCGAUCCCAUCGGGUAUAUACUGAGGAAAAAAUUGUGUUGAUAUUCAAAUUUACUCCAUAACGAUUUUCUAGUGAUUGAUUUUAUUUUGAAA